GCAGAAGGGGUUUGUCUCACCUGCUCGAAAUCACUCCAAGAGGAGCGUGAACAGGACAUUUUCAGCUCACGACAAUUAAUAUGCACGUAUCGGACAGUUAACACUUCACUUUAGAUAACAGUGAUGAGCUCAAGUCUGGGCCAUGCGCCUUUCUGAGUUUUAGGAAUUAAACAUCGCAACCUUCCAAGCUGUGCGUAACAGAAAGAACCGCGACGAUGGAGCACACGGGGAUCGAAGAGGUGAACCAGACCCACCAGCAGCACGAACCCAUCAGUUUUGGAAUAGAUCAGAUUCUCAAUGGCUCUGACCAGCCGAGUAGUUGCAUGCUGCCGAGCCGAACCGGCGACCCGGACUACGCGCUCGUGCCGAACGUCUAUGCCAACGGCUACAACAGCGUGUACAAUCCGGCCUGUUCGAUGGCGGCGGGACUGGCAGGUUCCUACAACGUAAACAUGAACAUGAAUGUGAACAUGAAUAUGAACGUUAAUGUGAACUCAGGGAACCCAGGCGGUGUCAUCCGCGUCCCGGCCCACAGACCCAUGCCACCCGCGCCUCACCCGUCGACAACUGGCCAUCCACCGGGCAUCGCGGCGGGGAUACACACCAUGCCCACGGUACACAGCAUGGGCAGCCCCGCCAGCUUCUCGUUCCCUUGGAUGGAGAGCAGCAGAAGAUUUGCGAAAGAUCGACUGACCGCUGCUCUUUCACCGUUCUCCGUGACACGACGGAUCGGUCAUCCGUACCAGAACCGAACUCCACCGAAACGGAAAAAGCCCCGCACGUCGUUCAGCCGCGUGCAGAUCUGUGAGCUGGAGAAACGCUUCCACCGGCAGAAGUAUCUGGCGUCCGCGGAGCGCGCAACGCUCGCCAAGGCCUUGAAGAUGACAGACGCUCAGGUCAAAACCUGGUUUCAAAACAGAAGAACAAAAUGGAGGCAUGACAUCUCUUUUGUGUAUGCGGAGAACUCAGAUCUCUCAAGGAGGCAGACCGCUGAGGAGAGAGAGGCUGAGCGACAGCAAGCCAACCGUCUGAUGCUGCAGCUCCAACAGGAGGCCUUUCAGAAGACCCUGAGUCAGCCGCUCCAACAAGACCCUCUCUGCAUACACAACUCCUCGCUUUACGCCCUGCAGAACUUACAGCCUUGGGCAGAAGAAAACAAGCUACCCAUCUAAGAGAGGGAGGGGCUUUGUCCUUUCAAACCCAAAACGGCAAAGCUGUCUGAUGAAUUUCACCCAUCAAGACUGCUGUUCGUCUACGUGCCAUUUGGCAUCAAGGAGACUGACUCAACCCCAGACUCGUUCAUUCUUGUUCUUUUUUUUUCUCCCCCUUUGGACUUUGUAAGAUGUGUUUGUGAUGCAUGUUCUCUACAUUUCCUGUAUGAAGAGAUGAACUAAAAACUGUUUGUUCUGUCAAGCUGGAGUCCUUCCUAAAACGCACUUUGGAAGCAGUUACGAAGGCGCUUUCUCUGGAUUCUUCAUGACGUGACAU